CAGCAUUGAGGAGGCCGCACGCCCAGCGGACCCGGAGUUAGAGCCGGGGCCAAGGCGAUCUAGGGCCGCACGCAGUUCGCGGCUCUCCUCCCCCACCCUUCCUUCUCCCGGAGGGGCGGGGCGGGGCCAAGUCACGUGACGCACUCCUCCGGGCCAGAGCUUGGGUUGCUCCUUCCCCCCCAACCCCCCGCACCGGUGGGAGGGUCACGUGGGCGGUGCUGCUGCUAGGGUAAGUCACUGUUCCCGACUGCGGGGAAGGAGAGUCUCUGCUGCCGCCGCCGCCGCAGCCGCCGCCGCAGCAGCCGCCACCACCGCCGGACGGGGCGGGGGUGGGGAUUCCGGUGCUGCGGCCUCCGCCAUCACCUUCCUGCCUGCGUCUCCAGGGCUCUCGCUCUGACCGCCAUGGAGCAGGGCUGGGCCCCCAAGGCAACAGCCGCCGCCCCCACCUUGUGAGGCGUAGCCGCUGCCAUCGUCGCCUCCUCCGAGGGCCUCUGGGGCUUCCUGGGCCUUGCUUCUCGCCGCCGCCUCCCGUCGGCUCCUCGCCUCGGGGCCGCUCCUCCGUCCUCCAGCUCGGCCCCUCGGGCCAGGCCUAGAUGUGUGCUCGGUGAGAGGCCCAGGCCCAGCCGAAGGCCCGCGGCCCGGGACGCCGCUACCGCCAACGCCACCGUCUCCGGGACAUGGUUUGGGCCUAGCGGAGCCGGGACAGGAGGGAAUCUAGAACAACAGCAAAGCUGAGGUCAAACUGCAGUACAGAAUGGACACCAAGGAAGCUGUGUUGGGAACAAAAAGAAAUCAAAAUAAGCAACAUGAACCGUGAAGACCGGAAUGUGCUUCGUAUGAAAGAAAGGGAAAGGCGAAAUCAGGAAAUUCAUCAGGGUGAAGAAGCCUUCCCACCUAACUCUCCUCUCUUUGCUGAACCAUACAAAGUUACUAGCAAAGAAGACAAAUUAUCUAGUCGUAUUCAGAGCAUGCUUGGAAACUACGAUGACUCCUACGAAAUGAAGGAUUUUAUAGGAGACAGAUCUCUACAAAAGCUUGUUGCAAUUCCCAAACCUACCAUACCAUCAGCAGCAGAUGAAAAAGCAAACCCAAGUUUCUUUAGUGAACACAGACAUGGUAGCUCUCAUCAGAGCAGCAAAUGGACUCCCGUAGGACCAGCACCUAGCACUUCUUCCCAGUCACAGAAGCGGUCUUCAGGUUUACAGAGUGGACACACUAACCAACGGACCAGUGGAAGUGGCAGUAACAGCACUAGUAGUGUUGGUCAGAGGCAUGACCGUGAAUCAUACAGUAGUAGUGGUGGUGGUGGUGGUGGUGGUAGUCGUAAAAAAAGCCAGCACGGAUCAGAACACUCCAAAUCUCGUUCUUCCAGUCCUGGAAAACCACCUGCUGUUUCUUCAUUAAGCUCUAGUCAUUCCAGAGCUCAUGGGAAUGAUCACCACAGUAAGGAGCAGCGUACCAAAUCACCACGAGACCCUGAUGCAAAUUGGGACUCACCUUCACGUGUUCCUUCAUUUUCAAGUGGACAGCACUCUAGCCAGUCUUUUCCACCUUCAUUGAUGUCAAAGUCAAACUCAAUGUUACAGAAACCUACCGCCUAUGUAAGGCCCAUGGAUGGACAGGAGUCCAUGGAACCAAAGCUAACUUCUGAGCACUACAGCAGCCAAUCCCAUAGCAACAACAUGAGUGAACUGAAGCCUAGUAGCAAAGCACAUCUAACCAAACUAAAAAUACCUUCCCAACCAUUAGAUGCAUCUGCAUCUGGUGAUGUGAGCUCUGUGGAUGAAAUUCUUAAAGAGAUGACCCACUCAUGGCCACCCCCCUUAACUGCAAUUCAUACACCAUGCAAAACAGAACCUUCUAAAUUUCCUUUUCCAACUAAAGAAUCUCAGUCAAAUUUUGGUCCUGGAGAACAGAAAAGAUACAAUCCUUCAACUAAAACUUCAAAUGGGCAUCAGUCCAAAUCUAUGUUAAAGGAUGAUUUAAAACUUAGCAGCAGUGAAGAUAGUGAUGGAGAGCAGGAUUGUGAUAAAACUGUGCCAAGGAGUACACCGGGAAGUAAUUCUGAACCUUCACAUCACAAUAGCGAAGGAGCAGAUAAUUCCAGGGAUGACUCAAGUAGCCAUAGUGGAUCUGAAAGCAGCUCUGGAUCUGACUCGGAGAGUGAAAGUAGUUCCAGUGACAGUGAAGCCAAUGAGCCAUCACAGAGUGCAUCUCCUGAGCCCGAACCACCACCAACAAAUAAAUGGCAACUUGACAAUUGGUUGAAUAAAGUGAAUCCACAUAAAGUGUCACCAGCUUCUUCUGUAGAUAGUAAUAUCCCAUCUUCUCAAGGUUAUAAAAAAGAAGGUCGGGAGCAAGGGCCAGGAAGUGGCUACAUUGAACAAAAUGGACCUAAGGAGUCUAAUUCUUCUACUCCUGGACGAGAUUCCAAAACUAUUCAAAAAGGAUCUGAGAGUGGUCGUGGGAGACAAAAGUCCCCAGCACAGAGUGAUAACACUACACAGCGAAGAACUGUAGGAAAAAAACAACCCAAAAAAACAGAGAAGGCAAGUGUAGAAGAACCUCGAGGGGGGUUAAAAAUAGAAAGUGAGACGCCUGUAGACAUGACAACAAGUAUGCCCUCCAGCAGACACAAGGCAGCCACAAAAGGCUCAAGAAAACCCAAUAUAAAGAAGGAACCCAAAUCUUCCCCUAGAUCUACAACAGAAAAAAAGAAGUAUAAGUCAACAAAUAAAUCUUCACAAAAAUCUAGGGAAAUCAUAGAAACAGAUACAUCAUCCUCUGAUUCUGAUGAAAGUGAAGGCCUUUUUCCUUCUUCACAAACUCCUAAGUAUCCCGAAAGCAACAGAACUCCUGUUAAACCCUCCUCAGUCGAAGAGGAGGACAACUUUUUUCGGCCAAGAAUGUUCUCUCCUAUGGAAGAGAAGGAACUCCUUUCCCCGCUUAGUGAUCCUGAUGACAGGUAUCCACUUAUUGUGAAGAUUGAUCUGAAUCUCUUGUCAAGAAUCCCAGGGAAGCCUUACAAAGAAAUGGAGCCCCCCAAGGCAGAAAAGAAAAAUGUUCCUGAGAAGCAUACGAGAGAGCCUCAGAAACAAGUCUCAGAUAAAGGUUCCACCAAGGGGAAGAGAAAACAUAAGAAUGAUGAUGACAACCGAGCCUCUGAGAGCAAGAAACCUAAGAUUGAGGAGAAGAGUUCAUCAGGCCAUAAGGCAUCCAACAACAGAGAGUCAUCCAAACAGAGCGCUGUGAAAGAGAAGGAACCGAUGCCUUCUCCUGCUGGGCCUAUUCCCCUAAAAGACUCAAAAACUGAGCAUGGAUCCAGGAAGAGAACAGUCAGCCAGUCAUCUUCUUUAAAAUCUACUAAUAGCAGCAACAAGGAGAGUAGUGGUAAAAAUAGUUCUUCCACUUCCAAGCAGAAAAAGACAGAAGGGAAAGUUUUUAGUGGUUCCAAGGAAGCCAAGGAAAAGGUUCCAAGUAGUUCUUCAAACUAUCCUCCAGCUACACAAAUUCCUGAUGGCUCUAAAACACGAAGAGCAAAGCUUGCCUUUGAUGACAGGAGUUAUUCAGCAGACCAUUAUUUACAAGAAGCUAAAAAGCUAAAGCACAAUGCGGAUGCACUGUCUGAUAGGUUUGAGAAAGCUGUCUAUUAUCUUGAUGCUGUGGUGUCCUUCAUUGAAUGCGGGAAUGCUUUGGAGAAAAAUGCUCAGGAAUCCAAAUCUCCAUUCCCUAUGUAUUCAGAGACUGUGGAGCUGAUUAAAUACACUAUGAAGCUGAAGAAUUACUUGGCACCAGAUGCUACAGCUGCAGACAAAAGACUGGCAGUUCUUUGCCUUCGAUGCCAGUCCUUAUUAUACCUGAGGUUAUUUAAACUGAAGAAGGAGAAUGCUUUGAAAUACUCAAAAACAUUAACCGAACAUUUAAAGAAUUCUUAUAAUAAUUCUCAAGCUCCAUCACCUGGCAUGGGAAGCAAAGCUGCGGGGAUGCCUUCCCCAGUUUCUCCAAAGCUCUCUCCUGGCAAUUCAGGAAGUUACACUUCAGGGGCAAGCAGCACUUCAGGGAGCAGUUCUUCAGUAACUAUUCCACAGAGAAUCCACCAGAUGGCAGCCAGCUACGUUCAGGUCACAUCCAACUUCCUUUAUGCCACCGAAAUCUGGGACCAAGCUGAACAGCUUUCUAAGGAGCAAAAAGAGUUCUUUGCUGAACUGGAUAAAGUUAUGGGCCCUCUCAUCUUUAAUUCAAGCAUCAUGACAGACCUAGUUCGUUAUACCCGGCAGGGACUUCACUGGCUUCGUCUGGAUGCCAAGUUGAUAUCUUGAACUGAAGGAUUCUUACCCAGAACAUUCUCGUUGCCUCUGAUUUUUCUCCACAACACUGUGUCAUAUCAAUAAGGAAGACUGCCAUAACACUGCUUAGUCAACACUAAGAGCAAGGAAUGCUUCUGCCUCACUGUCUCAUGUAAAAGUUGUGUUUUGGGGUUUUGUUGUUUUGUUUUAUUUUGUUUUGAACCCAAAGCCAUCAUGUUAAUGGACUCCUAAGGUAUUCCCUAUUUGGAAAGUUAUUUAAGUAUUUUUACAUCUGCAGCAUAUUAAUAAGAUGCAGUUUUAACUGAUCUGAAAUGGGAUUGGAAUUCUAGUUGUAAUGCAUAAGUAAUCAAUUUAAAUCAUAUUUAUUUUAAUUUUUAACUGCCCAGUUUGGUGGGACUAUUUUAAUAAUUAUUUCUACCUAUAAAUUUAUCCUACCAAAUGCUUAGCAGAAAUUUCAUGCAGACACUUUUAUUUAUAUACUUUAAACUUUGUUUUCAGUAAUGUCUCCAUGUGGUAGAGCUUGUAAAAGAGGAUCAUUAUAUUCUCAAAUGUAGAGACAUGUAUUUAACAUGUCUGCCGCCUCCUACUCAAAUCUUAAAUGACAACUACAGUUUUAGUAUUGCAGAAUUUGUACUUAAUGUUAGGGAAAAGGACCCAGAGAGGUUCUUGAACAUGUGAAAAGAAAUUUAAAUAUUAGAAUAUAGCAUUCUAGAUUGGGGGAAAAUCAUGUUUGAUUCAAGAUGGGUUAUUAUUUUAAGAAUCAUGAUCACACUUAAUAAUACCAUAGCAGUCUCACAGUGUUAGUUACUUAUAUUUAAUGAAUUCUAAAAGAGAUCAAGUAAGAACAUGGACUCUGGGAGAUGUGCAUCAUACAGAAGUUUGCCUUUUGUUUUGUUUUGUUUCGAAUGAAAGGACAAUCUUGAACCUUUUAAAUUUUGUUGGAACUUUAUUCUUGUUUUUGCCAGUUGAUACUACAUUGAAACAGUAUGAUUUACCAUUGGAAAAAUGGAUUAGAGAACUCCUUAGAGACCUCUUGUCUCUUCCAGUGACUGAGAAAUUAGAAAUUUUGUUGAAGCAUUCAUAUCCAUCUUCAGAAUUCUUUUUUUUUAAUAUAUAUCGACUUUGUGAUAUUCUGAUAUGCGUGUACAAUGACUGCUAUGGAAAUGGGCUGGAGUUUGGGUGUGUCCUGUUUUACCUUACAACUUAGAGCAAAGUUGUAAAACAGUUCUAAUCUGGAGGCACAGAACUUGUUUUAAUCAUGUAUUUACCCCAUUGUAUUAUGAAGGCCCCCAAUGAGUGAAGAUUGUUUCUGUUGGGAGCAGAAUAUUCACUUUAGAAAAGUAUCUUACUGAUGGAAAAGGAGAGCCCUCCCCGGGUUUGAAGUGGCUGCUUUUGUAAAAGUUGUGCACCAAAGUACCUUUCCAUACAAGGUGCUUGUUGGAAUACAAGGUGAGAACUGUACUGUUUGUACUUUGCUUAGUGCCCCUAUCACGUCUGGUGUGCCUUAAAUCUUACAUUUAGAUGAAGACUUGAUGGACUGUUUACAGACGAAGCGGCGCAGGUCGACUGUGUACAGCUGGCUUUGUGCAGUAGUUAGGUAGACUUUCAUUUCCUUUUAAAUGUUUCUUUAGGACUAACUGUAAAAAUCAUUGCUUUUAUAAAUGGUAACCGUUUAGUAUAGUGACUUAGCCUAAAUCUAGUGAGUCCGGAUUGUAUAAGGCUGCUGAAAGAAGCAGAUUUUCCUCCCAAUACCAGAAAUGAACAUAUGCUUUCAGGAAAAAAGAAAAGAUUGCACUCAAUUUCUGGAUCAUCAUCACGUGCCAAAAGGAUGGCAAGUGCAAAAAAAAGGAAUCGAAUGUUGAGUUGUAAACAUUGUACAACGAGUACUGCAGUUUAUCCUUAAACUCAUAUUUUACAAACUAGCAAGCUUUUAUUGCAUUAUAGUUGCAUAUCUGUAGGGCUUCCUUGAUUAUUUUGUACUUCCAAAAAAAAAAAAAAAGAUGGUUUUUCUACUGUCAGAGAAGGGAAAGUUAGCAGACCAAUGUUGAAUUGAAAACUUCUCUGCCGUAGAUUUCUGUUGGUUUAGCACCCUUCUGAAUUAAAUCUGUGAGUGCAUGACUGGGUGAGAGAGAGACUGAUUGACUGACUGUCUGUCUGUCGGUUAGAGGCUGUAUUCAAAGGAUAAGCUUCUUAUAGAGUCUGAUGGUUUUUUAGUAAGUUUUUCAAAUAGUAUCAAAACAAGUUCAGUCUUUCCCCUUUAGCUCCACAGUGUCUUAGGGGGACCUUAAGGCCCAGUGUAUUUUAUAUAUCCUUAUAUGGCCUGAUGGUCAGCAGAAACUGUGUGUGUGUGUGUGUGUGUGUGUGUGUGAGUGAAAGAGAGAAUGGAAAUUCUCAUGUAUGGUGAAUGGUGCUGCACUAAAAUAUUCUUCUUAAAAUUGUAUUCAUACUGGGAUGGUGAAUUCUUUUCAGUUGAAGAAUAUUUCCUUCCAGUUAGUAAUGGGCAAUAGAAAGUUUGGGCCUGAGUAAUUGUCUGUAUUUCAAAUGCCAUGGUUUCUGGCAGAAACCCCAGUAGUAAUGUGUAGAAUAUGGCUUCCCUGACUGUCUGUAGUCAUCUGGAUAUUUGCCUCUGUUGUAGGUGACCAUUCCACCUCAAAUUUCUUGUGACUUUUUUGUUUAACUUUUAAAACUGAAUCUAACUAAUGAUAAAAAGCUGAUCUAACUUUUAAUGUAUAGAUCAUCUUGGAAAUACAGCUCUUUUAAUAGAUCAUAUAGUUCAUUAAAGACUAAUUUUGUCUGCCUCCUGUCAUACAUACAUGACUUAGCUAACAUUUUGCCCUUUAUAUACAACCAAAGUAUGGAACAAUGUUGUGUCCAACAAUGCUUUUUUCAUCCUGGGAGCCUCAACUUAGCCUGGCUGAGCCUGGCCAUAGUGACCCCAACCUCAUGAGAUGGAACCUUUCUCCACAGCCACUGCCUUUACAUGUCAAGAUCUUUUUUUCUUCCAUCCCCUUCAGUCCUCUUCAGCAAGCAGACCUGUGGCUUCCACCUAGUGAGGUGGCUUAUCCAUGAUUGUUGUUGACAGCACUAGUACUCCCUCCUUGAAAGCAAACCUUGAAGAAGGUGACUUUUUUAGGAGUUCUGUGCUGUGACACAGGAUGAGAUUUGUACAUAUGUCUGCCAAAGAAGGUGUUUGAAAAAAGCUGGCCUAAGCCAACAAUGCAAACUAGUCUCAAAUAGUGAACAUUUGGGGAAAAGGCCACUCCUUAUUGUACCAAGAGGGUUCCUGUUAUUGUGGAUCGAUAUAUAUUUAUAUAUCAGUGUUGCACUUUGAACCACUUGUAGUUUGACUAAAUCCUUUUCCCCACAUCCAUUUCUUCUUUUAAUUAAAGAAACAUAAUCAGACCAGGCUGGCUCAGACAGCAUAAUUUUAUAUUGGCUGAUAGAAAGUUUAUAAUAUUAUGGAAUUUGAUUUAUAACAGCCAGGUUUCUCCUUGUGAAGCAAGAUUACAGAAAACAAACUCUUUAAAGCUCAAGGCUUUGGCAUUCAUAUCUAGUGGAUUAAAAAAAGAAGAAGAAUCCGUGUGAAUCCAGUGUAGCCCCAGUCAUUUUGGUUGAAGAUGAUUUAGCCAUAAAAAGGAGUACAUUCUGCACUCUUCUUGGUGUGAUAGUGAGCAGUUUGAAUCUUUAGAAUUAUGUACACAUACUCACUUUAUAUAUAAUGUAUUUUUUAAAAACCAUGAAAUCAGUUUGUCUAAAGUAUAUAUGUGUAGUAUUUUAGCUUAGUGCACCCGUUUCCACAUUAUUUAUUAAAUUGAUCUAAGUCACUUUCUCAGUGACACUUCUGUCACUUCAUUCAGUGACAUUUGUUGCAUAGUAAUGUACAAGAGUGCAAUGUGUAUUCCUUUAGAUGAAGAGUUUAUUUGCAGUAAGCUCAUUCUAAAAUGUAUCUGUGCCCUUUAUUAAUAUGUCAGGGCUUUUUGGGGGUGGGGGGUGGGAUCGGGUGGAGAGGAGUCUUAAUUUUCCAGUUGCUAUUUGGAUAAAAAUGGCCUCAUUGUGUGUUUUAUUUAUAUAAUAUUUUGCUUUGUCACAGGUGCACUUAGUGGGAUUUUUGUAUGAAGUAGGUUAUGUUAAGCCUGAGCAAGUCCAAGUUUUAAAUGAAUUUACCCCACUGGGGAGUAACCAUUGUACAACCUUAUAGAGUCUAUGACUAGAACUCUUCAAUUCUUUGAAACACAGAUCUCAUUAUCUUUAGCUUUAGUAUAAAGUAUAGUGGAGAAGUGGAUUUUCCCCCCUAGUAAUAGGUAAUAUGGACCUAGACUAAUUCUGCAUUAAAGUAAAUGAUAGGUGAGUUAACUCCCUUCCAGAUGACUUGAGAGUAAUCUGUCACCAACAGUUUACAUUAGUUUGCCAGGGUUUGGUGAUUGUUAAAAGUGCUUGUCUCUUAUACUCAGCUAAUGGAGAACCUUUUUGGCUCCUUAGAGACUAGAGCAAAGCAAUUAGUUGCAAGUGCAGAAGUCACUUGUCAGAAAAUCAUUGUUAAGGUUGAUUUUAAAGGUAAAGUACUUCUUACUAAGUAAGCUCCCUUAGAUCUCUAGACCAACAGGUCAGUUGAAGAACUUGAUGCUUCCAGCACAAGUGGACAAGCUGGGAGUUAGGGCUAGAUGUAAACAUAGACUUUGCCCUAUGAAAACCUUAAAGUUGCAGACUGGUUCUCAUGAUUUUAAAUAGCCUUUGGAGGAGCCCAUUAAUCUUCCCUAUGCCAAUAUUCAGCAUGUCUUAAAAUGAGCAAGAAAAGGCUGCCCAGAAAUGUGGUUUAAUUAUAAACUGUUCACCUUUGAAAUUCUCUACCUGUUUUAGUUCAUCAGGAAAAAGUGACCGGAAAUGCUGCCUUUCAAGUCUAUGCCAUGAGGGCCCAUAUUUAUUCCACUAGCUGGUGAUAUAGACUUUCAAAAAUGUCCCUGUUUUUGUGACUUUAUGCAUAACCCUAGCAAAUUAUUCAAUUGAGCAUUCAUCAGUAUUGCAUCGCUCAUUAACUGAGUUUUGACUGCAUUGAUAUGAAUGCCUAAAAGUUCACCUUCUAAGACCAGACAUGGUGUUAGCAAGCACAGCUCCUAGAAUUUAUAUCUGGUCUCCUUUUUGAAUGAUUUUAAGCAGUUUUGUAUAUGGAGGAUGAAGUGCUUAUAUAUUUAUUGAAAAUCCUUUAUCUUAUUUGAAAUUAUAAUUAUUUGGUGAAUAAGGGUUUGAGGUGUUUUUUUUUUGUUGUUGUUUUGUUUUUGUUUGUUUUGUCUGGGGGAGAUGUUGAAGGGAAGCUGGGGAGGGUAGUUGACUUGUAAGCCCUGGUUGAUCCUAAAGAAAAGAUAUUGUUAGUGACUGACAGGAUGUCUUUAUUUGUACAUGACUCAAGUCCCUGUUUCACAUUUGUUUAUCCAAAUUAUUUAGGCAUCUGGUAUUUUCAACCAAAACUUAAAAUAUAUACUGUGAGUUUUAUUUGUUGCAAUACACUUAAAUUUCAAGGGAUAGUUUGGGGCUCAGAAGUUAGGAUUUUAAAGUCAAUAUGUGCAUUUCAUGUAAUAAAGCUGUUAAUGGUGAGCAAAGUAUUAUAUACUAACUAGAUUUUUCCACAUCUGUAUAGUAUAUUCUAUGUAUUUUGUGGUAUUGAGAUUAUAGAAAGUUUAGAGUGUCUGAAACAUGCAUUUAAUGUGUAUUUUUAAACAAAUUUAUGGCAAUUAAAAUAUUUGGAGAAAAGGGUAUCACAUUUCAAUUUGUAAAGAUCUUUUUAACUACUGUGUCAUUAAAUGCUUUGUAUAAUGCAAAACCAUAACUGGAAAAACUUAAGUUUAAUAAAUAUCAAAUAGAUUUUUCUGUAUUAAACUUUAUAAAAGCUG